CGGAAGUCCCGCCCUUUUCUACCGCCGUCGUCUUUGGCGCAGGCGCUCCGGCUUCCCGAAAGUCAACCGUCAACGGCGGAACGGCUCAACAUGGCUCCCAAACUUGGACUCCCCGGCGGGGCAGCGGUCGCGUGGUGGCUCGUCCUCUGCCUCGUGCCCCCCGCGGAGGCGUACGACGCGGGCGACGCCCUGGCCCUGCUGCUGGGCGCCGUGGUGGCCGUGGCGGGGUUCUGCGCGUGCCUCGGCUGGUACGCGCGUCGGCGGAACGCGCAGCUGUGACGAGGCGAGAGGGACGCUCCCGUCGCGGCGCCGUCCACCGUGCGUCGUCUCCUGCACGUUGUGGCACAGCGUUUGUGUCGAACACACUGAUCGGAAACGUGCCUUAUCGGCGUGGACGCGUCAAAGACGAGGGGGAGCACGCGAGCGCCGGAGACGUGCGGAAGGAGACAAACCAGGAAGUGCAGAACCCGGAGCUGUCGUCUCGUUGCAGUGCGCAGGUCGCGGACCAAAGACUGUUCCAACAGACUGCUACACUUUCUGCUCUGCUCACUUUCUUCUCCCGAGGACGACCGCUCACAUUAUUGCGCUCAUAGUCCGUGUUCGGAACCACCACUGUGAUUUCCUGACGUGUUCCUGCUUUUGAAGUGUUGCUAAUUGACUUGAGGGAGGACGCUGUUGCAGUUUGGGCUAAAUGGAACGUGGCUGUUGCUUUGUGCAGAAUAAAUCGCUUUGUUUGCUGCUUUUCUCA